CUUUGACGCCAGGCCAGUUGAUAACCGACUUCUUUACCGCGAACACGCCGCGUUUGUCUAUGACCGCGAAACAGGCAUAGUGACGUAUUUCCUUUUAAAAUUCGAAUUUUCCGAACCCGGAUCAUAAUUUUCAGGAUAAAAUAAAUAUUCGAAUUUUGAAUCGUUGCGAGCGAAAGUGAAUGAAAUGAAGGACUUGAAACUUUUUUGUGACUGUUUACUUUUUAAUUUUGUGUGUUUAUUUUUUUGAUAUUUUAUUUUUAAAUUCGCCCAAGGAGUGUCUGAUUGUGAAAACUGGAAUUCGUCCGAAAGAACUGGUCAACUCUCCCUUCGGAUUUCCGCAACAGUAUGAUAUUACGAGAUACGAGUCCAUUACGUCUAAGAAUACUUGUUAUAGAAACAAUGACUGUCAAGAAGGCCACACGCUGCGGAGGCAUGGCCGCCAUCGUCGCCAGGCAGAAGCUUCACAACGUUCACCAACAACUUGACAUCACAACCAUCACCAAGCCAUCCUCGCUACAAACUUACAACAUCAGCGUCGGAUUCAAUGAAAAAGAUCAACUCCAACUAAUCACGAAAGAAGACUCGAGUGAUGAUGACAAAAAGCAUAUUAAAGAUUACACUGAACUCAAAACUAGCAAAUUCGAAAACAUAUCCAUUGAUGACAUCACAAACUGUACUAACAUUGAGAAUUAUCCAAAUUGCGAGAACACUCUAGUCUUUUACAUAGCCAAAAACCUCAACAAAGAAGCCAUAGCGCUCAAAUUUGAGAACGAACAAGACUUCAAAAGAAUAUACUUCACAUACAAGUAUUUCAAAAUGCGGAAUCGACUGACGAAGCACACGAAUAACUACUCGAGCAGCGAUAGCCUGUUUUCUAAAAAGAAAACUAACGAUUUGUUCAAAACUAGAAAUAAUAGUGUCGAAGAUUACAGCCUUUACGAUAAAGGCAGGCAUUUCGAUUUGAUGCAGACGACUGAUAAUGAUGGCGUCACGCACAUAUCUGUACAACACAAAAAUCCCAACUCACGUUUUGAUCAACCAAUGAGCCUUAUUGGAAUUAGGAGUGACGUAGUUGAUGUAGGUGAGAUAGACAGUAUAAUCUAUACAGACAUGGAUGUGCCUACGAAACCUGAGAGAAAAAGACUGUUUCAUAAGAAAUCUAAGGCUCCUCCGCCGCCUUUAGCCGCACAUAAAGAGCAGUCUAAGGUGCUAAAAGGAGAAUUCGUGAGAGUAAACGUUGAUAGAACUCCAGAUAUAAUUCCUAGAGAUAAUAAAGUAAAUAGGAUUCCAGAUAUUCUUAUGUUUAGAGAGAAUAAACCAAAAAAGAAUACUUCAAGUAAUCUGUGGUCGGUGAGCAAUAAAGUGACCACCGGCUACGAAUCCGACCGUGAGGAAUGGAAGACCAGCCGCUCCCAGUUCUCCACCACAGCCUUCGACAGCCUCGCGCGCCCAACCAAGAUGGCCGUGGCCCUUACUCUCAGGAAACCACGAAUAGAACCAAUCCAGUACUACAGGCUUACCGAACCGAAGCCACAACUCGCUCCACUAUCCUUCAGGCCGAACAACUUCCUCCCACGACCACCAAGGCUCCCUAGAACGACACCAGAAAUAAAGAGAAAUGUCCUCAAUUCAGAACACAGAAAAUUCACUUCCCUCCAAAAUUUAGAGCUACCGAAAAAGCUAAGUGAACCUAAAAAACAGAAUGACGUGAAGAAGACAAAUCAUUCGAACAUAUCCAACAGGAUCACAGGUCUGACGAAUAAACUGAGAGAUUUGGGUAGCCACAGCAACACUCUAGGGAGAUUCAAGGCGCAGUCUCAUGGAGAUGUGGCAAAUUUGAAGCCAGUGUUGAAGACGAAUCAGCAAGAUGGCAGCAAGCGACCGGUUGUCAGGACUUGCAGCGCGGAGCCACCAAAGAAAGUCACGUUUAGCGCCUUCGCUACUGUUCAAGUGGUUUAAACAUUUAAAACAAAUUAUUUAAAUCUUUGUGCAAACGAAAAUAAUACUUACUUACAUUACUUAUAUUUAAAUAGUAGUGUGGUUUCGCCAAUAGAUAAUUUUAAUUUUUCUGCCUGAGGUUUCGCCGGAUUAAAAAAAAUUGAUCCCAAUUUCGUACGUUCACUAUUUAUAUGAAUAAAUCUGUAGAUACAUAAAUCAUUAUGUAUACUAGUAGUAAAUACACACAAUAUUUUUUAAGGCCCGCACUCGACUCUGCUAUGUUGUGCUAACUGAAGCUAAUUUCGUUUGUCAAAAGUUCGCAGGGUGUCAUUUCUGCUAACGUUAAGUUAAAAUUGUGCCUUAUCGGUUUUUCAGUAAUAGCGCAUAUUGCACAGUUCAUAAGGACUACUUUUUAAACUAUAGAACUUUUGUUAACCGAAACUCUAUUGGUUGUUCGAGACUUAGCUUUGCACAGCACAGCCGAACACUAGACGGUACCCUAAAUUGAUCCAUCCAUAUUAAUAAAUGUGUUUUACAAUUAUUAAUGAUAUUUACAUAGUUUAUGAUAAGAUUACCUGUAUAAGUUUAUCACCAUUCUAUAAUUUCGCACCGCCAAUUUUUUAACACCUGAACUUGUGAUAAAAAAUAGGC